UCUCUCUCCUUUUCUUCUUUUUUCUUCUCCACAGAGACUUCGUUUAUCUCUUGUUCAUCUUUAAAAUCUCUGAAAUACAAAUACUCUAAUCUAAUUAGAAAAAAGAAGAUAAAAAAAAUUGGUUUUAAAGAUGUUGCAAGAUAUGUGGAACGCUCCUCCUGGUUUCAGGCCAACCAAAUCGGCUCCUUCAUCACCGGCGAAGCCUCUCGGGGUGUCAAGAACACGGUCGGAGUCCUUUCAUGCCAUACACAAAGUCCCAGUUGGUGACAGUCCUUAUGUGAGGGCCAAGAAUGUUCAGUUGGUGGAUAAAGACCCUGAGAAGGCGAUUCCUUUGUUUUGGGCUGCCAUUAAUGCUGGGGAUAGAGUAGAUAGUGCUUUGAAAGAUAUGGCUAUUGUGAUGAAGCAACAGAACCGGGCGGAAGAAGCCAUUGAAGCCAUCAAGUCACUGAGAAGUCGUUGUUCAGAUCAAGCACAGGAGUCUCUUGACAAUAUCCUGUUGGAUCUUUACAAGAGAUGUGGAAGAUUGGAUGACCAAAUAGCACUACUGAGACACAAGCUGUAUUUGAUUCAACAAGGGCUGGCUUUCAAUGGGAAACGCACUAAGACUGCCAGAUCUCAAGGCAAGAAAUUUCAGGUCUCUGUGGAGCAAGAAGCAACUCGAUUACUGGGAAACUUGGGAUGGGCAUUGAUGCAGCAGAACAACUACAUUGAAGCAGAAGAUGCUUAUCGACGAGCACUAACGAUUGCACCGGAUAACAACAAGAUGUGCAAUCUUGGUAUUUGUUUGAUGAAACAAGGGCGAAUUGCUGAGGCUAAAGAAACUUUGCGGCGAGUGAAACCGGCAGUUGCUGAUGGACCCAGAGGGGUUGAUUCUCAUCUUAAGGCCUAUGAAAGAGCACAACAGAUGCUCAAAGACCUUGAGUCUGAGAUGAUGAACAAAGGAGGGGAUCGGGUUGAACAAAGUAGGCUGUUUGAUGCCUUUCUUGGCUCUUCAUCAAUUUGGCAACCUCAGCCUUGCAAAGAUCAUACAGUCUUGCCAACAACAACAACUGCAAAUAAAGCUCAGGAUGACUUUGCUGAUGAGAACACUGAUUCCAAUUUAAUUGUGAAUCAAAUCAUUCCUCCUCCUCAGCAGAAAAGUGUCAAACAACAACUUUUUCCCUAUGGGAACUCAUGGCAAUCUCAGCCUUCCAAAGAAAAAAAAAUCUUGCCCACAACCAAGGCAAUCAAAACUCAGGAUGAUUUUGCUGAUGAGAACAUUGAUCCUCCUCAGCAGAGAAGUAUCAAACAACUUCCCCCUUAUGGAAAUCCAUGGAAUAUCGAUGCACCGCCGUUUUAUUCAUCCAAAUUUUUGAAGGAGCCAAUGGUAAAAGAACCAAUUGGGAAUCAGUUUCAUGAGAAACUGAAAAGAACAAGGUCAGGAAAUGCUGCUAAUUCUAUGAGAGUGAAUGACAUUGGGGAGUACACCAAGCCUUUUGCUAUAGAACCAGAGAAACCUGAAAACAAGACAAGGAGGCUAUCGACUGAAGAAGCAGAGAACAAACUGACAGAGUUUUUGCCCAACAACGAGGACUUUGAAGAGGCUAUUAUUGCUGCAGUUCUAGGUUCAACAAAUGAAGCUGGGAAGAGUGAUGAAACUAGCAACAAUAAUGCAGGGAUAUUUCAGAGGAAGAUCGACAAGCGACUUAAGGUUUUCCAAGAUAUCACUCUUUCUUUGAGUCCAAGAGCCUGAAUCUGAUGGAGUCUUUUUACCUUAACUAAUAAUUUAAUUUCAUAAUCUAUGUAGCUUUUAGAUUGGAGAUAAACUUGUUCUCCUUGACUCCACUUCCUGCAGAAGAGUGGAAGGAGUAUGUAGGUAGAAAUCUGAGGGUAGAAAUUUGACGGUUGUAUCCACUAAACAAUGUAGCAUUUAUUUAAUUUUGCCUACCACUUAUUUAAUGUAUGCCUCAACAAGGCACAUCUCAAUAAAAGAAAAAAAUAAUUG